AUGGCCGCGGCUGCUAUCGGGGCAACGCUCGUGCGGGAGGGCGGUGGCCUCGCUGGAUUUAGAGUAGAAGAGGCGCCGUGGAUGGAGAUGGCGUCGCGGAGAUGGGAGCGCGAACGGAGAUGGCGCCACAGAGAUGGGAGCGCGAACAGAGUAGAAGAAGUAGCCCCCGUGAGGAGGACGGGCACGGGCACGGCGCGGCCAACACGUCUGCUCGAGCUCCGGCGGGCGAGGACGAGCAGUGAGGAGGGGCCGGGGCGGGGGUCUGCUCGGCUGAGCUCCGGCAGGCGGAGACGAGCUGCCAGGCUCGAGGGAUUCGUCACCGACGGCGGCUACGCUUGCGUCUGCCCAGUCUCCGCCUGCUGCGGCUACCGCGGCAAGGUGCUGUCGGCGCGGCAGUUCGAGAAGCACGCGGGGGCGGAGUCGAAGAACCAGAACGGUCACAUUCUCCUCCUCAACGGCAAGUCGCUCUACGACCUGUUCCACGAGCUCAGGGACGUGCCCGCCGAGGCGUUCGCGGAGGAGUUCCGGGCGGCCGCCGGGGUACCCAUGACUGUGCCCGCCGCCGAAGCCUCGUCUGCGCCGCAGGGGCAGCAAGCGGGCGCGCCCGCGAGCUGGGAACCCAACGGGGUUCAGGUUGACGGCGUGACGGCGGAGCCCCCUUCAGCCCCUGCGCCUGGACGGGGAGACGUGGUGAUGCUGACCGAGGAGGAGAAGGCCAGCUUGUGUCUGCCUGGUUCGAAGGAAAACAGUUCCACGACUGAGUCGGACACUAUGUGCGGCGUUGAAGGGCCUGCUGCAGAACAGAUCAAAGAUGAAGCAGGUGGUGACCAUGUGAUGCAUGAUGUUAAAGUGGGAGUGACAGAAACAAAGUAUCAGCUAGACAGUGAUCUUAGACAUGUUAAAGGAUUGCUGUCCUCUGGACUUCUUGAAGGUUUCAGGGUGACCUACAGGAAGGAUGAGGUGGAGAGCGUUGGACGGAUAAAUGGACAGGGUUAUUCUGGUGGCUGCCCACAGUGUAAUUACAGUAGUAAUAUUAUGAAUGCAUGCGAGUUUGAGGUGCAUUCUGGUCAGUCAUCUAACAACCAGAAUGAUCAAAUCUUCUUGGAUACCAGGAUUUCCCUAUUCAGGGUGGUGAAAGCACUAAAACCUUCUUCGUUUCAAAAGAGGAAAGAUUAUUUAGAUGCUGUGGCUUCAGAUGGUUGUUCGACUCAGAGCAAUACCAUCUCAAACCCUAACUGGAGUGCAUCCAAAAGGCGGUUUGGGGGACAGUUUAGACAAGGAGGCACUGAGACUUCAACUCCAGCCUUUAGUGGAAGCCCAGGCAAAGGGGUUUCUGGCCUCUCUACUGGCACCUCAGAGAAGAAAGCCACUGAAGAAACUCGCAGUGAGGACACAGGAGAUUCUCUCAGCAUCGAUGAUGUUAAGUCUGAUUCUCCAGUACCUACUGCAGUAACCCCUAACUACCCUAAACAUGAUUCCACAAAUUUAGGGCUUUCUUUAUCAAGUCCUGUAAAAAUCGCGCAAGGACCACUCCCAAACUGCAGCAUAGGCUCAAAGUCAAAAGAAUCACAAACAAGGGAUACCACUUUGCAUCCACUGAUUUUCAAGGAGGGUGGCCUUGCAGAUAAUAUUUUGUUGACUUACAAGUUGAAGAGUGGAGAGGCUCUAAAACAAGGGUAUAAGCGGGGAACGGGUAUCAUCUGUAACUGUUGCAAUCAAGAGUUUACUGCUACACACUUUGAAGAACAUGCUGGCAUGGGGAGAAGACGGCAUCCGUAUCACAACAUUUAUACAUCAGAAGGAUUAUCACUUCAUAAGCUAGCUCUGCAACUGCAAGAUCGUUUGAAUUCGAAUGGAUUUGACAAUGCUAGUGUUUCCAGCUUCAGUGACUACCCUAACCUUACUUCUUCAUCAGGUUUCGGCAGACAACCUUCUACUACCAGUGGACCUAUUGUUCCCCUGAAACGGAUUUUACAAGAAAGAGUGGUCGAAACAGAGAGUUGCUAUUUCUGUGGGUAUGGCCACACAACGAUUGGAAAUAUCGAUCCAGACACGAUUAUCUUCUGUAACCAGUGCGAGAGACCAUGCCACGUGAAAUGUUACAACAAUAGAGUUGUAAAAAAGAAGGUGCCUCUGGAAAUUUUGAAAGAAUAUAGGUGUUUUCGUUUCUUGUGCUGCCAAGAAUGUCAAUCGCUUCGUGCCCGUCUUCUAGAAGGACUGGAAAAGUGUGAAGAGAUUGCCUUCCUUAGACCGAUAGGAUCCAAUAUUUGUUGGCGACUUUUAAGUGGAAUGGAGGCAAGUAGGGAUGUCAAACUCUACAUGCCUCAGGUCAUUGAUAUCUUCAAAGAUGCAUUUGUGGAAUCUACUGAUGAGCACGUUGACAUCUUCUCAGAUAUGGUUAAUGGCAAAAAAGGAGACCAAGAGAAGGAUUUCCGAGGAAUGUAUUGUGCACUGUUAACUGCAAGCACACAUGUUUUGUCUGCUGCGAUUCUGAAAGUGCGCAUGGAACAAAUUGCAGAACUGGUCCUUAUUGCCACUCGUAGAGAGUGCAGAAAAAAGGGUUACUUUAUACUUCUCCUAAAGUCAAUCGAGGCAAAUUUGAGAGCCUGGAAUGUAAGCCUUCUUGCUGCGCCUGUUGACCCUGAAAUGGCGCAAAUCUGGUCAGAGAAGCUCGGGUUCACCAUUUUAUCAGCUGAAGAGGAGUCAGUGCUGGAGUCGCACCCCUUGGUGAUGUUCAAGAACCUAGUCUUAGUGCAGAAAUCACUUGCUUGA